AUGGCCACCACAAAAGACAAAGAAACCCGACCACCGCUAUCCUACCGCCUCGCCACACGUCCCGACGCUCUAGCUCUAGCAGACCUCAUAAGCCGUGCCUUCCGCAGCGAACCCACCGGCCAAACCUGGCUUUACGAGUCGCAGGACAAAAGAGUCGAUAUUGCCUCCCCAGAACUCACAACCCAGUUCAUCGAAUCUGGAGAAAGUCUCAUGCUCGUCGGCUACUUACCCAGCGACCCCGAAAAGAAGCCCCUCUCAACCUGCUUCCUCCGCCGUCCAGACUCAGAUCCUGCAUCUGAACCCCAUCGCUCUCCCGGCGCAGCCUGGCUAGGUUUCCUCGCCGCCGAGCCAGCGGACCACGGGAAGGGGUAUGGAUUGUCCCAACUUCGAUAUGCUGAGGCCUAUGUUCAUGAUGAAUGGGGCUUGAGUAGGCUAGAAAUGACGUACGUGAACUCUCGGAUUGAGCUGGGGGCUUGGUAUCGACGAUGCGGAUACGUUGAUACUGGCCGACGGAGAGCUUUUCCUUAUGGGGAGCAUGGGAGGGAGAUUCUGGCGGAGGGGUUGGAGGAGGUGGUUAUUGGGAAGGAUUUGGGGGAGGGGGUGAAGUAA